AUGGCAACGACUCUACCCACCAGCUUCCCCACCCCUCGACCAGCCGAUCAAUUCACCACCACCCCGCCAAACUCCCAAGGGUAUCAGCAAUACCCACAGCAGUACCCGUCACAAUUCCCUCCUCAAUACCCACCUCAACCUCCACUCCAAUCUCCCCUCGGCUACCCUCCUCAAUAUCCACCAAUGGAUCCAAAUACCCCGCUCAACAUGUCGCCUUCCUCACCUCACGCCUCCUCCCAGUUCCCACCCCUCGCAAAUCGCCAACUGCGCCCUCCAAAGACCCCCAUGUACGUGCCCGCCGCCCUGCGCCCAACCGAACGCCCGCCCCGCGCCUCCCCCAUCACACCCCCGCGCUCCGUCCACGGUAGCACCGACAGCCUCGACGGCGCAGAAUCCAGGCGGCCGGUGAGUCGGCGCAGUACCACCGACAGCCGCCAACAGGCCUCCCUCGGCCAAGUCUCCGAAGAAGUUCAAUCGCCCACGACCGAGCAAGCCUUACUGACCGCCGGUCUCCCCGCAGUCACAGGUCCCCCCACGCGCGGCCAUUGGAAACCAGACGCCCAUGCCUCGAUCUGCGACGCGCCCGUCUGCCAGAAAUCCUUCGGACUCUUCGAGCGACGGCAUCAUUGCAGGCACUGUGGGAACGUGUUUUGCGGGAAGCAUUCCGUGUGGCAGAUACCCCUGGACCAGGACGGAAACUAUCAUCCCAACGGGGGACUCUACAGGGGAUGCGGACACUGUUGGGGCAUGUACGCGAAGUGGAAAGAAGACAGGAUCGACGCGGCCGCGAGGGGGGAAAGUCUGGCGCCCGGCACCCCCGCGAAGGCGGUGGCCAAGGGGACGGGCAAAGGUGCGGACGACAAGAGAGGCAGCGUCGCGGCGAGCCUGACGAGGGAAUGGAACUGGAGCACCUUCUGA